AUCAAACAAGUAGCAAGACGAAUGCAUGACUAGUUCAGAGCUCUAACUUUUGAAGUUAAUGAUUAAUCAAACUCCUGUAUACAUUUGCAGACUAAAACCUUUAUCUAUACAAAGCUUAAUCACUCAAACCAACAUUUCUAUAGCAACACUGCAACUUUUUAUAGUCUUACAACACAAUCUGAUAUCUUUCCAUCUUACAGACAUAGACAGAUCUCCUAUUAUCAUGUUGCUUUCUCUCUAUUCAAGAUUGGUUUCUCAUCCCAAUAUGCCACUUCUUCGACAUGUUUUCCGCCUGAUAUUUUUAGUCCUACCGGAUUAGUACUAACGAUCAUAAAUACCAUUAUAACCCGAUUCUGUGAAAUGAUGCAAGCAUCUUUUUUUUUCAUACUACCCAAGUCUUACAACAACUGAAAUGUAUUUUUCGUGAAUCGUCGUCUCACAAGCUUUAACAAAACCAACUCAUGAUAUAUCUAAGAGCAAAUUAGCUCAAUACCCUAAAAAGAGUGGGAUACCAUUGAAUUGGGGGAAAAUGGUAGUAUUGGGGGGAAAAAAAUUGAAGGGAAAUAGGGUAUAGAAUGCAAAUAGGUGAGAAGUUGUGUGUAGGGAGUACAAAUACUCUAUAUCUAAUGGUUUGCACGUCUAUAAGAAACAAUAAAGAUGUAAUCACAUUAAAUAUAAACAUUUCUUUGUCGCCAAAGAUAUUGAAUUUAAAGAUGCUAGCCACUCCUUUGGUUUGUUUAUAAAAAGAUAACAUAACACAGCUUGUCACUGAAUUUAAUCUAUUAGGAGCGCGUUGGAAUUAAACUCAUCUUGAUUGUGAUAUAAUAAUAGCUUUACUCGAAUCGCUUGACAAAAAAAAACUUGUAAAACAUACAUCUACAAAGUUUGAAGCGUGCUAUGCAAGCUUCUAAGUUCUACCAACAACAUUGUUUAUUCUACGCGCCAAAAAGUGCGCGUGUGUGAAUAAUAGAAGACUCUGUUGUCUAGUCAACGCAUAUCUUUGUCAUGUCUUGAAAGGGUAACGAGAAUCUCCAGCCAUUAUAUCCUGUCUUCCGCUCUUUUAUAUUUAGAAGACACCACAAAAAAAUUUCCAACUCUUUCCCCUUAGAGAGAGAAACAAACAACAACAAAAAAAACUAGAGAGAGAGAGAGGGAGAAGAAGAAUACCACAACAAUGCCGAGCAAGCUGAAAAAGGCGAUUGGAGCGGUCAAAGACCACACGAGCAUCAGCCUCGCCAAAGUCGCCACCGGAGCCAACGGAGGCGGCGACCUCACCACCCUCGAGGUAGCCAUCCUCAAAACCACGAGCCACGACGAGGACGUCCCGAUCUACGACCGCCUCGUCUCAGACAUCCUCGGAAUCAUCUCCUCGAAGAAAUCGCACGCCGCCGCUUGCGCCGCCGCCAUCGGCCGCCGCAUCGGGCGAACAAAGAACUGGAUCGUCGCGCUCAAAUCCUUGGUCCUCGUCCUCAGGAUCUUCCAGGACGGCGAUCCUUACUUCCCUCGCGAAGUCCUCCACGCCAUGAAACGCGGCGCGAAAAUAUUAAACCUCUCCACCUUCCGCGACGAUUCGAACUCGUGCCCUUGGGAUUACACAGCUUUCGUCCGCACCUUCGCGCUAUACCUCGACGAGCGGCUCGAUUGCUUCUUAACCGGGAAAUUACAAAGACGUUACACUAACCGGGACCAAACCGGACGAAUAACCACCUCCAAAUCCCGGUUUAGUCCUAAAUUAAAUGAACCGGCGGUUAGAGACAUGAAACCGGUUAUGCUCCUCGACAAGAUCACGCACUGGCAGAGACUACUCGACAGAGCCAUCGCGACUCGGCCGACGGGAGACGCGAAAGCCAACAAGCUCGUGAAGAUGUCUCUCUACGCCGUGGCUCAAGAGAGCUUCGAUCUCUACAGAGACAUCUCCGACGGGUUAGCUCUUCUCCUCGACAGCUUCUUUCAUCUCCAGUAUCAAUCUUGCAUGCACGCGUUCCAAGCGUGCCUUCGAGCUUCGAAGCAGUUCGACGAGCUCAACGGAUUCUACGGUCUCUGCAAAUCCAUCGGCGUGGGGCGCACGUCUGAGUACCCUAGCGUUCAGAAGAUCUCGUUAGAGCUUCUCGAGACGUUGCGGGAGUUUUUGAAAGAUCAGUCGUCGUUUCCGCCGCCGCCGAAUAGUCUUCCUCCGCAGCCUCAGGCGACCGUUUCGAGCUCGCCUGAGGCUUUGGAGAGGUAUUGGGACUGUGGUGGGUCGUUUCGGAGUACUUCCUUGGAGGAUUUGAUGAGCAGGACUGAUGCGGGGACGAGUAGUCCUCCGAUGUCGUGUCAGUCAGAGCCUUACGGAGGAGGGAGAGAUGAUCUUAACGGGAAUAACUUCGAUACGGUUUCGACUAAGUCUCUUCCGAACAAUCCCUCAGUUUCUGCCAAAGAGAAGAAGAAGGAAGAAGAUGCAAAGGUGGAGGAGGCUUUUGAUCCUUGGGAGGCGUUGAUGUUGCGAGAUGAUCCGAGGAAGAACGUAGAAACGAUUGCAACCUCCGAGGAUCAGAGAGAUUCAGGGAACUGGUUGUUUGCGCUGGAAGAAACAGCUACGCAAGUACAAGAUACUAACCCUAUGGCGAUAGUACCAUCAGGGAACUGGUUGCUUGCGCUGGAAGAAACAGCUACGCAAGUGCAAGAUACUAACUCGAUGGCGAUAGUACCGUUCGGAUUGAAUGAUCCGGUGCCUGCGUUGCAAGCCACCACGGACCAAUACAAUCCAUUCUUGGAGGAUACAGCUACUGCGCCGUUAGCUGCGGAGUCAGACUUUCAGCCUUUAGCUGGAGAACUGAUGACCACGUUCAAUGCCUUGGCUGUGACGGAGUUUCAGCCCCAACCGACGUUUCAGGUGAACUUUCCUGAAGAUUUUGAGCCGUCGUCUACGCCAACGUUCAAGGCCAUAGGGAGUUUGCCGGAGAAGUGUGACCCAUUUGCAACAUUUGAGAGUUUUGGGUUCGGAGAGACUGUUUCGGAAAAUGGAGGGGUAAAUCAGCAAUCUGUGUUGCAAGAACAGCAGUUAUGGUUGCAGAAUCAAAACAAGAUCAUGGCUAAGCACUUGAUAUGAUCUUAAUUUGGCUAGACAGAGAUUGAGAUGCUUCUUUUGAUAAUUUUCUUUUGUUAAAUUGUAAGCUGAACUGUAACUAUUUUUUUUCAUAACUAGGAGAAGAGUGAAAUACAACAAUUGUUUGAUUUUUCUGCUCAACACACUAGGAUACUAUCUUUACACUUUCCUUCUGAAAAGAUCUAUAAACAAGAUAG